AGGCAGGUCUCUGGUUUGUAGCCAAGUUAGUGUUGAUUCGUGCCUCCACUCUCGUUGGCUUGAGCGCAGUGUAGGGGCAGUCUCAGUUUGCUGGAGGUCGUGGUACAAGCUCUGCCAAAGGCUGUGUGCUCCUUACCUUUGUACCUCGCAUGGCUUCCCUCAAUGACCAGGCUGUUUUACAGGCCAUCUUCAAUCCGAAUGCCCCAUUUGGGGAUGUUGCUGGGCUGAAUCUGAAGGCAGAGCAGACGGACGACGACAGCAGGUUCGAGCCACAGCUGGUGGCACAAGUGAAGGCGUUGGAGGUUGAGGGGGUUUCUCUGGCUGAGGCGGGGAAUGUGGACGGGGCCCUGGAGAGUUUUACUCGGGCCGUGGGAAUCCUCCCGGAGAGACCGUCCGGCUACAACAACCGAGCACAGGUCCUCCGGUUAAAGGGCGACACGGCAGGAGCCCUGAAGGACCUGGAUAAAGCAGUGGAGCUGAGCGGGGAGCGGGGUUUGAGCGCAGCACAGGCACUGGUACAGAGGGCUCUGCUUCACCGACUGGCUGGCCGGGAGCCAGAGGCAGAGAGCGAUUUCCGAAGGGCGGCCGAGCUGGGCAGCACGUUUGCCAGGCACCAAGUGACUUUACUGAACCCCUUUGCGGCCCUGUGCAACCACAUGCUGCACAAGAUGAUGUCCCAGCUCAGGCAGCCUGAGCCAGACUCCCAGUGAGGAGGGAGCUCAGCGCGGGGUGGGGGAAUAACUUCUGGAACUCAAUCCCACAGUCCCUCUGCCUCGAUCCCUCCCUUGCCUCCU